UCAGCAUACUGUCUUGUAAGUUCAGACAGCAGCAGACCUCAAAAUAACUUUUCCUUAUAUAAGAUUCUAUUUCUCGCAAAGAUUUUCUAGAAUCAGGAACAUUAAGAAAAAACGGUUUAUGAUUAAUAGGAUACGGAAGGAAAAUGUGUUCAAGGUUCCUAAAACAUAAAUUCUUGAUAUAUCUGGAAAGUGCCUAUCACAUUGUGGGCACUACCAAAACAGAUGAACAGUAAUAAUAAUAUUCUGCCUUCACCACAAAGUCAGUUGCUACAUACUUAAGCUUGGGAGGAUUAUAUUUUUAUCCCUAAAUAUUGGUAAACAUUGAUUUCGCUGUACACAAACUGAUGAAAAUAAUAUUUCCAUCGAUACUUGAAAUUUACAAGGGCAAAAUAAGAAAAAUAUUGCUUGAGAACUUAUUAGAGUUUGCUAUAAGAGCUUGUGGACAAGUGUAUAGGUUCACGUAUUCACAUUGUGAUGAAGAGUGAUAAAGAAAUUGUUGGCACACUCUUAGGAUUUGAUGACUUUGUCAACAUGGUGUUAGAGGAUGUUACAGAGUUUGAAAUCACACCCGAAGGAAGAAGAAUAACAAAAUUAGAUCAGAUCUUGCUAAAUGGAAAUAACAUAACAAUGCUGGUUCCUGGAGGAGAAGGACCUGAAGUGUAAAUUGAUUCAUUUGUCAUCUAUGAAGACUCUUGUUAUAUAUUCUGUUAUCUCAAUGGAGUGCUUUUGGUUUUCAUUUUGUUUACAUUUAAAGUUGAUAUUUGAUAAAAGGUAAAAUUUCCUAUUCAGGGAAGAUGCAUUGCUGAUGCUGACUUUGUAAGUUAAAAUCAUGACUUUAUUGUAAAGACCGAUCUGCUGUUGAGAAUAAAACAAACAUUUUCUUUUUGUUAAA